CGAGACCCAGACUAUGCCACCAAAGUGACCCCAGACUAUGCCACCAAAGUGACCACAGACUAUGCCACCAAAGUGACCCAAGACUAUGCCACCAAAGUGACCCCAGACUAUGCCACCAAAGUGACCCCAGACUAUGCCACCAAAGUGACCACAGACUAUGCCACCAUAGUGACCCUAGACUAUGCCACCAAAGUGUCCCCAGACUAUGCCACCAUAGUGACCCUAGACUAUGCCACCAAAGUGUCCCCAGACUAUGCCACCAUAGUGACCCUAGACUAUGCCACCAAAGUGACCCCAGACUAUGCCACCAAAGUGACCCCAGACUAUGCCACCAAAGUGACCCCAGACUAUGCCACCAAAGUGACCCCAGACUAUGCCACCAAAGUGACCCCAGACUAUGCCACCAAAGUGACCACAGACUAUGCCACCAAAGUGACCCCAGACUAUGCCACCAAAGUGACCACAGACUAUGCCACCAAAGUGACCCCAGACUAUGCCACCAAAGUGACCACAGACUAUGCCACCAAAGUGACCCCAGACUAUGCCACCAAAGUGACCCCAGACUAUGCCACCAAAGUGACCCGAGACUAUGCCACCAAAGUGACCCCAGACUAUUCCACCAAAGUGACCACAGACUAUGCCACCAAAGUGACCCCAGACUAUGCCACCAAAGUGACCCCAGACUAUGCCACUAAAGUGACCCUAGACUAUACCACCAAAGUGACCCCAGACUAUGCCACCAAAGUGACCCCAGACUAUGCCACCAAAGUGACCACAGACUAUGCCACCAAAGUGACCCCAGACUAUGCCACCAAAGUGACCCCAGACUAUGCCACCAAAGUGACCCUAGACUAUGCCACCAAAGUGACCAGCAUUAACCUUACCUCACAAUUACAUUAG